CGUAAAUUAAUGGCCGACAAUACAAUGGGGUGCUGCAAAAUGAAAACAUUGUAAUUUGAGACAAUUACUUGAAACUACGACAUUGCAUGGUGUUCUGAGAAAAAGGGGAAAUGAUUCGUUUUGACCAACGGACCUUGGAUGUCCAAGGUACAGAGCGUGUGUUCAAGAAAUUGGUUCACUCGGGACAAAAUGCAAUAAGGCUUGUGGACAAGGAUGGGAUCCCCAUGCGGCCCCCUAACACCCUAGCCCUGGCCCGUCUUCACAGUAACUACACUAUCUCCCCACGUGGUGUUCCCACUCGCAAAUCCUCACACUCAUACAGUGGUCAACUGGCACAGGAUAAAAUGCAGAACCUGGUCAACAGUCUUGAAACAUCAUCACAAGAAAUGGCUUCAUACAAUUCAUUACAUAGCUAUCCCCAGGGUCAUGGGCUGAGUUCGGCGGGUUCGUCACGUCAUUACCUAUCAACAGCAGGCUCCAACAAGAAGAAGUCGUACGCACCGACGCGCUCAGUCAAGUCUAUGAACAAAAGUGCCUCCAGCCAGCGUACCAGACACCUUGUGUCGGCGCCGGCUGCCGACCAGCUGACAGAUCCAAGCAUGGACAACCAUAAUGAGAGCCCGCAGGGGAAACGAUUAGGGAAGGAGUGGUCUGCCCUCUCCCAGUGCAGGGCCCUGAAACGGUCUUCGGAGAUUGUAUCUCACCGCGUUGACCGGAUGUACUUCAUGACGGGGAGCAAGUUACCGAUUCAGUCCAAGUAUCACGUGGAGGACAAUGAACUACAGCAGCUCCGUGACCUUCAACAGGCCCGCACCUCCUCCCGUAACACCAGAUCUGGUCAUUCUCGGAAGGGAGAAGUUUACAGACCUGACAUCACUGUUCACAGUGUGAAUGGUGACACUGGUUCCACUGGAGAUGGCAGCAGCGCUGUCAGGCAGCUGGGUUCUGAGAAUGGACAUAAAGAAAAUAAAGAUCCUCAAAUCUUGGUAAGCCAGAAAGUGUUGCAACCGAAACCUUCAGCGAGAGGGAAGAGUCCCCUCGUAGGCUGGACAGGGGCAGAGAACAGUGAGAAGAGCUCAGUUGUCAAUGGCAACAGCAGGGAGGUGACUCAUCAUGAGACUUGGAAGGAGGAGGAGAAGAUGGAUGGAGGAUUGAAGAGUACCGAACCAGGGGAGACAACAAAUGCAAUAGAUGGAAAUGAGAGGGACGGUGAAACUGACAUUAAGGCGAAUAUGCCAGAUAGAGAUGUUGAAUAUAAAGGAAAUGAAGAAAAUGUUAAAACUGGUGAAAAUAAAGACAUUGUUCUGAAUGGCAAUGAUAAUGCAGUGACUGAAUCAGAAAAUGAGGAGAAUGUUGAUGGAAGAAAUACAAGUGAGAAUCAGGGAGGGGAAAAGGGUACAACUGAGGAGUUAAGUGUUCACAGAGACGAUGAGCAGUCAGUGGUUAGUGAUAAGGAUAAAAUUGAUAUUAAAAGUGAGGACUACUUGCAGUGAAAACAUAGCAUGAAGACACAGAGGAGAGGUUGCGAAACAAUACUUGUAUGAUACAUGUACUUGUGAACUAUUUUUUUGAGUUCUACAUCACCCAGGUUCAAGAUACUUGUACUAUGCAUAAGUUCAAGGGAUGUGAUCAACAUCAGCAACACAUGUUAAAUUUAUAAUCUACUUUACAUUGGCGUUAAUAAGUUCUUGCAAGCUGAAUAGUAAUGGAAUUGGUAGGCAUUUUACGUGAGGGUCAGUGAGCAUACAGGCUGGCGUGAGCAGAGUGAGUUUGCAAACACCUUUAAAGACCAAUUAUUGUUUUGCUCAUACCAAAGAAGAAGGUGACCAUUUGACAAUUACUCUUACCCUAAUUCAAAAUAAAGUAAAAGAAACAUGUAAAUAAAUAACAUGAACACCUGUUCAUUAUGAAUAGUAUGUAAUGGAUAAUCAAGUAUAGUCAAGUUGCAUAAUUUUCAAACACAAACUUGCAACUUGACGAAAACUGUACGAAUGAAGAAAUGAAGAACCAUGAAAAAUAUUUUAUGUUUAUACUGCCCCCCCCCCCACGAAGGAACAGCCAAUCAGAUAAAAGUUCAAAGGCAGUUACCUUAAAAGCAGCCAAUAGCAAAUAUGAAUAAAAAGUGAAAGUAAUCAUUUAGCAAGGUAAUAAUGAAUUUUCAUUAUAUAAUAAAGCAACUGUUACUGUUACCUACGUGGUAGCUUCCAGUACAGGCAUAAGUAGUGUUUUGCAGCCUCUCUGUUGUCUAUGCUUCGCCACAUACAUGUAGAUAAGGGGAUCCAUCUCAUGGCAGCAUAGGCUCAGCUGUUGGACUAUGGAAACAUGUGAGGCUGUGAUAUAAAACAAAUAAUGCAGAAAUAUUCUGUGAUUGUAGAAAAUAAGUAGUGUUUUAUUUCUUGUGAUUUAUCGAUAUUUCGUGUGCCAAAUAUGGUCACAGUGUGCCACAUAGCGGUUUUCAAAGUUUUCUACUAGAUUUUACCCCUUUCAAGCUUUUUAUCUACAAUCUGCAAUACUUUUUAAAAUGUAUAUUAUAUUGUUUUUGAAGUAUUAUUUAGUGCAGCUUUACAAAUCAUUUUUUUAUGAACAUAAUACCUUAAUACCUGUAUAAUAUGUGUAAAGUGUGUAAAACCAUUCAUUUGAUUGUUAAUACGCAUCAGUGAGUCCCAAACUGAGUCACAACAGGCAAAAAUAGGCUUUAUUGCUUAAAGAUGCACUCUUACUCCUAAAAUAGAUUUACCACAAUUAAUAGUAUUGUUUUGAUAUUCCAAAAAGGAUUAAUAAAUGUCGAAACCAAUGGUUCAUAUGAAGAAUAUCAAGUUUAAUUUGAAAGAAAUAAGCAUAAAACACGGUAUUUUAACUUAUGAGACUAUAGUAGACCACAGUAAAUCUUUUAACAUUCACCAAUCAUUUAAUAUUUUUGCGCUUUCUGCAAUUAAAUACAAGGUAAAAAUCUUGUUAUCAAUAAUUAACAUUUUCCAUAAAUGCAUUAUUUUGUAAGUAGUUAAUGUAUGUUUGUUAUGCAUGUGUAUGUCUUGAUUUUGAAUUAGAGUGUCGCUUUAAUGAAAUGGUCAGGAAACACUAUGUUAAGGUUUUUCAUAUCUUAAAACUGAAUGACAGUGUCCAAGGUGUGUAAUGUCCAAAGGGAUACUUUCAAUAGCUUUAAAGUGUUCUUACCUAAAAUCUAUUUUGCAUGAUGAUUAAAAAUGACAGACUCACAGAUAAACUAUAGACCUUUUUCCUGCUUGUCAUGUUAAUGAAUUCAUAUUGCUCAUUUGUGGCCUUCACAGGACAUCCUGCACUAUGGCACUAUGGGUAAUAACACUCUCAUGUGUACAUGCUUUAUUUAUAUACCAUCUGCAUUUCAUUGUUCCUCUCAAAAUGUUCAACUUAUCAUUGAGAAUGGUAAAACAAAGAGAUAGCACAGAUUAUAAAAGUAAAUAAAUGAUAAUUGAAAUAAGCCCAAGCCUGUGAGCCAGUACACUGGUCACAUGCUUAAAUCUGAGCUUACGCUUUGGUAGAAUGGAAGCAAUAGUAUAAGAAUUUAGGCUUGUUCAUCCUAAGGUGUCAUUUUGAUCGAGUGACCUUCCUUUUCUGUAAGAUGGUGUUGUUUGUCUGUUCUGUGAUUUUAUAAUAUUAUGAUUAUUAUGAUAGUUUACAUGUUAUUAUUCAAACUAUUUUGAUUUAAUGUAAUAGUCUGAUUUAUGGGUAGAAUAAUGAAUGUUGUGCUGUUAUUUCAAAAAUAGUUUUCAUUUUCAUAUCCCCAAGAGCUGAGACAUUUCAAUGAAGUAUUUUGGUCGUAAUUUCAUUAAUCAGGAACGUCACAAAUGGCAACACAUUGAUUUUUUAUAUCCUUAGUUUAGUUAAUUUUUAAUUUUAUUAUUGAAAGACAAUGAAACUAUGACACUUACAUAAUUUCAAUUUUAACUUAAAUUGACUAAGACCAUUAUUGAUAAAUUGCAAGAUUUUCAUCCCCGCCCGCCCCUUCUAUUUUCCGCCUCCUUAAAUGUUGUUGACUCAAAUAAAACUGUUGAACUGGUUUAUCAUGUAUUUGCGUAUUGGUCGGGUUCUGCUUGGGAACGGUGUGUACCAAUUUUCAUACCAGCUGGUGUCGAAGUAAACGAUCACAUGUAAAAGAAAAGAGAAUUAUUAUGGUGGUGUCCGUGGUUCACCUAGAAACACAUGUAUAUGGUCCCUAAUUCAAAAAAGCUCAAAUAUUAAAGGAUGAAACAGUCAUCUUAGAAAACAAAACAAAAAUGGAUGAAAAUCGAGCAAUUAAUUUAUAUUUGGCCUAAGAUCUUUAUUGGAACCAUACCCAGUGAGUUGGGAACCAUCCCCUGUGAGUUCCAGUGUUUCUCAUUUCACACAUUUGUAUUUUUCUCACACAUUUUGAUGUCAUUUUGUUUGUUAAAACCAUUGUAAUACUCUUCAAAUAAAAGUUGUAUAUUUAUGAAAGGGUAUAUUGUUAACAAGCAUUACUAUGAAGUAUUACAUUCUACAUAAGGAUUUCUUAUCAUUGUUAUAAGUUAUUGCUACAUUUUUUAUACUGUGUACAUAUCCUUUAAAAUAUAUCAAAAUAUUGAUAAAAAAUUGUACUGUAUGCAUAAAUUAUACAUUAUUUAAAAUAAGCAACUGUGCCAAGAAUUAUGUGAGGUAACUUUUUUUAUUUUUUAUAAAACAGCUGAUUGUGAUAAUAAUAGUUCUGAAAAAGUGCCAACCAUAUCCCGAUGUUGAUGCAUUUAAAUCAUAUAUCAUGUUAUGUAAUGGUUAAAAUCAUGUAUGUUAUGUUAGUAAUAGUUUCUUUAACCACUACCAAGUUAUUGGCAUUAUACAGGAGCAUGAAGCACAAGUUGUGUUAUUUCAAUCAUCUGGGUGGUUGGUGCAGUAACUGUUUUGUACCAUAUUGGUGAUUGGCUUGCGUAUAAGUGAAUAUAGUUGAUAAUUAUCUGUACAAAACUUAUUACAUGGUAGACUAACUUACUGCACAGUAGAAGUUCUACCUCCUGGUUUCCAUUCUCAUACAAUAUUUUCUUAACAUUUCUUAAUUGGUAUCUUAGCUUUGCCUGGUCAUUUGGCGGAAGCUGUCUACCAUAGGUGGUCAUAUAAAACAUUGGAUUAUAAAACCAAAUGCCAUUAUUUAUGAUAAAGUAUUCUCCCUUCUUUGGGCAAUUGAAUGGUGGAAUAACAACCAGAGUCAUGUUAAUUAAUGAAGAAUGACAAGGAAGGAAGUCGAAGCAAUAUGGUACAACUGUAAACAAUAUUUGUUAACACAAGUAAAUGUCAGUGUUAUUUGUAACCUGUUAGAGAAUCUGUGUCACUCUCUUCCACUCUCUGUCUGUGAUAUCCUGUGAUAUACAUGUACCCUACUCUGUCUGUGAUAUCCUGUGAUAUACAUGUACCCUACCAUUCUUGCUCAUGAUGUUGUAUUAUAAGCAUCAACUCUUUUUGCAUCCAAAUCUUUCUCAAAUAAAACUAUGAAAUUUUACAA